AUGAGCAGUGUUGACGUGGAGCCCAGCAGCAACGUCACAGAAACGGUUGUGGUCAGCUGCAAAGCGUUGGUGGUGGCUGAGAGUGGCAAGAAGAAUGGCAAGAUCACGAUCCUGCUUCUAGCAGCGGGCCUGAACUUCGGCACGCUCCUGCUCACAAUGAUCCUGAUGUGGCUGAUCUCGCGCAGCAAGCGGGGCCACAAGGUGCUGGUUCCAAAGAAGGACGGGCGCCUAGGACUCCCUCACGAGUGGAUUCGCGAUGCCUUCCGGAUAGAGGUGGAGGACAUGGAUGUUAUUCCGAUCGACGGACAGAUGGUCAUUCGGCUCUGCCAAUUGGGCUUGAAGUUUGCAGCUUUUGGCACCCUGGUGAGCUGUGUCCUGACGCCGAUUUACGCGAAAGCGGGAGGUGGUCAGAGCGGGAUCCUGGCGCUGACGAUGAGCAACCUGUCCACGAGCGAUGAGCAGUACGUCUUCGCGAUUGUGGUUGCCGCAGCGUACUUCCUGGUCUUCUUCUUCAUUUGGCUGGUGCGUGCCGAGUGGAGACAUUUUCUCAAGCUUCGUCAAGACCAUUUCCUGCGACGAGCCAAAGGAUUGGAGGGUUUGACCUCGGCCCAGGCUCAAUACUCCCUGCUGGUGCAGCGCCUCCCGAGAAAGUACCAGGAUUCCAAAGCUCUCGAGCAGCUGUUCUCUGGCCUGUUCCCCGACAGGGUCCACUCGGCGGUGUCGCAGCGAGACACCCUUCUGUACUACCACCUGCGGGCUCUGAAGAAAACCAGUGACAACCUGAUGGUGUGCACGUGCUGUCAGGGCUGCGUGCAUCGGCAGCUGGAGCGCACAGUGCAGUUCGAGCGCCGGAUCGCGCGGAGCUACAGGGAGACGGAGAACGCUUUGCAAGGCUUUGCCCUCGACGGGCAGGUCGAUGAGGCCCUGAGCCUUGUGCCCUUGCCUUUCGAGAAGGGCUCCAAGGGCAAGGCCAAGAAGCCCGACUGGCGGCCGUCGCUUCGAAGGUCGACGAACCUCACCGACGAGCACCAGAACGCCCCCACGUCCACGGGCUUCGUUACGCUGAACAGCUUGAGUGAUCGGGUGCUUGCUGAGCAGGUCACCCUCUUCGACCACCCUGAGCUGCAAAAUGUGGAAGUGGAGCCAGCGCCAGAGGCGGAUGCCAUCAUCUGGGAGAAUGUACAGAUCCCGUACGACACUGUGACGAGGCGGAUGUGGCUCGGGCGACUCCUCUGCGGACUCGGUCUGCUCUUCUGGUCGCCUUUGAUCACCUCUAUACAGGUCAUUUCUUCUGUGCAGACACUGAAGAUGAAGCUUCCUGAAGACUGGUUCACCUACAUGGAGAAUCACUUUCAGGUGGGGUAUUCAAUGCUGGUUGGAUACUUACCCGUCAUUGCUCUCUUGGUCCUGCUGCUGAUCUUGCCAUGCGCACUGGAGUUCAUUUCAGUUGUCAUCGAAGGGCGGAGGUCCAAGAUCGAGGUGGCGCUGUCGGUGUCGGGGAGGAAUUUCUGGUUCCAGUUCUUCUCUCUGUGGUUGACCGUGUUCAGCAGCUCUCUGUCGUCGUCUGUGCAAGAAAUCCUGGAGCAUCCAGCUUGCAUCGCCAGCAUCUUGGGAAGCUCGAUUCCCCAAGUUUCCGUGUACUUUACAACGUUUGUCAUAGCCAGGAUUGGGAUCAGCCUGCCGCUCCUUCUGCUUCGGAUGGACGCCGUCAUGUCCCUCCUUUUCCCGCAGCGCAGCUCCGACGCUGCCGGAGGCGGCAGUGGCAGCGACACAGAUGAGGAGUCGGCCCCGGCAAGCCGCAGUUUGGCGGAGUCCUCCGAGGCAGAGGACCCUGAGAAGGAUGUUGCGGCAGACACUCCUGUGUACUGCUACUUCGUAUCUGAAGUGACCAACAUCACCAUUGUUUUCGUCCUUGCCCUGAUGUACUGCGUGGUUGCUCCGCUCAUGAUGCCCGCAUGCUUGAUCUACUUUGGCCUGGCAUUUGUGGUCUACAAGUGGCUAUUUGUGCACGUCUACUCCAAGCAGUUCGACCUCAUGGGUGAGCUGUGGUACUCCACGUUCUGGGGUCUCAUCGUGGGCGUUGCCUUCGGAGUCAUCUCGCUGGCUGGCCUGGCCGCGGUCUAUCGAGGGCCAAGGUGUCCAGAGUUCUUUGCCUUGUGGACGCUCGCCUUCAUCAUCGCGAUCUUCGCGAUAAACUGUGAGAACAACUUCAAGAGGAAGUCGGAGGUGCUCUCCUUCCAGGCGGCCGUCCACGCCAACGCGUCGGCCGAGGCCCAGAGCAUGAGCUUCAACCGAAGCUGCUACGUGGAUCCCAUCCUCCAGGACCUCACAGCGCAAGAGCUGAAGGAGAUCGACGAGCAUUUGGAAGACUCAGGGUCGGAGGGGGAGCCAGAGUCGCCAGAAGCCACGGGCGCUUGCGGGUUCUCCGCGCCUCGCGAGCCCUCCGUGGACAGAAGCGCGCUCUUGGAUGACCAGGGCAAGAGUGAGAGCGGCUGGCCGCCUCUGGGUCGGCUCCUUCCGCUGAUCAUCCUGGCAAUGCCAGGCUCCUGGGCCAUCGCCGUGCCAAUGACCUCCCUGAAAGCCCACGAGCCGAUGGGGAAGGUGUUGUCGACUGCUGCGGUUCUCCCACCAGCAUGGACAGGACAAUUGUUGGUCCGGACGGCUACCGGCGCGGAGUUUCCCGAAGCUUGCAAGGCCGACUUCUACGCCAUCCUCGCGGGGAUUUUUCAGUUCGCGCUGCUCGCGGCCGUGUCGGCGUGGCGACUGCCCACGGCGAAGUUUCCGCUUCCGCUGGUGCUGGGUGCGGUGCAGGGCUUGGGGCAUCUGGUUGGAGUGGCGAUGAUCCCGCUCAUCAUGGAGAUUCACAUGCAUGAGAUCAUGGUGUUCGAGAGUUUUGUUUUGCCGCUCGUCGCCUUCCUCCUCGUUGGUGCAAGUGCGCAGCUUACCUGGGGAGUCCGCUUCCAACUCGACGAGACUGCAAGUACCUUAGCCGCGCUGAGGCGGCUGCAGCAGGUGAACCGGAAGCACCGGGGCCAGGACAGUGACAACCGAAAAGGCCCACUUGUGGUGAACCACUACGAGGAGACCAUUCACCAGGUGGAAGCAGUGAUGGACGCGCUGAGCAAAAGGCCCAAGUUGUCCAAGGAGGUAGUGGGCGAGUUCUGGGAGGCGUUGCACAGCAUCAAGGGAACACUGACGUCAGGGAAGCUUUUCAAGACCGAAGUGAUGGAGCCGCUGAUCCCGCCGAGCCCCGGGUCCUGCCCCGUGAUGGUGACCCUGAGUGAUAGCUCUUUGCGGGAGCAGCUGAGGCAGGUCAGGUCCAUGGUCGACAAUGAGCCGGUGGAGCACAUUAAGCCGCGCCUCUCGACGCAAUCGGAUCAAUCGGAGUCCUUGCUCCCGGACGAGCUGCCGGGUAGCGUCGCGGACACGCUGAAGAAGCAGCGGUCGGGGGCAAGCAAGCCGCGGAGCUCGCGCUCCGGCCCGGGGCGGUCGCGCUCCGGCCCGGGCCACUCGAGAUCGGCUCGGUCGAGUGGCUCCGGGGCCAUGCGUGUCGACGACCAGCUCAGCUUCCUCGCCCAACUCCAUAAAGGUCGCUUCAACGAAUGCCUGGAGGAGGACGAGAUGCCGGAGCCCAUGAACAAGAAAGAGACUGCCUUCCUUCAACUCGGUCGCUGGAAGUUUGACUCCUAUGCCUUUGACGAGCAGCAUGGCAACGCGCUGUUGCACGCGGGUUUCACCGCGGGUGCUGAGUUCCUCGCAGAGGCAGAAGUCGCGAAUUUCCAGAUGGUGCUGAGGGGCUUCCUGCAAGACGUGCAGAGACAGUACCGCGACGUCCCGUAUCACAACUACAUCCAUGCAGUGGAUGUCCUGAGUUCCACGAUGUACUUCAUGUUCGAGGACCGGAGGGUUAGCAGACUGCCCUUGUCCUCCAUACCGCGGCUGGCAGCUUUCGUUGCAGCCGUGAUUCACGAUGUCGGCCACUUCGGGAGGAGCAACCGGUAUCACAUCGCGAGCCAUGACCCUGUGGCCAUAUUGUUCAACGACCAGUCGCCCCUGGAGAACAUGCACUGCACCAUCGGUUUCAGCAUCCUCCAGCAGCCCAACGCGGCGCUUUUCAAGCGGAAGUCCUGCAUCUCGGAGGACCCAGAUGGGUGCAACGAGUGCACAGGUCUGCCAGACGCAGACUUCGCACUGUUGAGGCGCAUAGUGGUGGAGAGCGUGCUGUCCACGGACAUGUCCAAGCACUUUGAAACCUUGGCCAGGUUCAAAGCCUCCAUCAACUUCUGUGAGUCCGCGGACCAGUCCCGGUCCAAUGAGGAGGCACCCAUCUUCGCUGAGUCUUCGGCUGACAGAUCUGCCCGGGUCGUCUCCAUUUACCUGAAGGCUGCCGACAUCGGCCAUGCGGGGAAACCCACAGACAUCACAAAGCGGAUGACUAUUCGCAUCCACAUGGAGUUCUUCGCGCAGGGGGAGGAAGAGCGACAGCUCGGACUCCCCAUCUCACCGCUCUGCGACCGGAGCGAGGUGAACAUCCCCACCUCCCAGGUGGGCUUCCUACGCCACCUCGUCAUUCCUCUGUACCAGGCCGUACAUUUCUACAUAACCAGUGACGACCUCCUGAGCGACUGUCUCAACCAACUCGAGGCGAACCUUAGCAACUGGCAGUCUCCGACUCCCUGCGUCACCAACCAAGAUGUCCCGCAAGUGAUCUCGGAUGACGAAGGAGGUCAUGGGGCUGAGUCCUGUGCCGUCUCCUCCUUCGGGGUGGGCGUUUUCCCGCAGGAGCAGAUCGUGAAGUUGAUCAAUGGGUCCAACGCCUGA